AUGCUAACGAGUUUCGAUCGAUCGAGUGGAAAUUUCAACGAGUGCAAACGUCUGAUUUCAGUGAGGGAGGUUACGUUGUCCGAGCUCAGGGACUCGAUAGCGAGGUUACGGGAAAGAGUGAAGCUAGUAUGCCGAACGAGGGGCUCUCCGCCCCCCAGGGUGCACUGGCUCAAAGACGGUAUACCGCUGCACCCUCGCAGAGGCCUCAGGAUUCAACACAAACGGCGGAGAUCGAAAGUGGUGAUAUCCUCCGCUAAGCCUGAGGACAGCGGCAGAUACGAGUGCGUAGCUGAGAGUACUUCCGGUCAUCGGGCCUCACUCGCGGCCCAGCUUCUAGUCGCUCACGAUACGAGAAUUCCGGAAACCACGACGGCGGCCUGGCCGAGGCAGGAGCAGCCGUGCCCGAUAGCUGGAGACUUUUGCAUGAACGGUGGUACCUGCCUGUUUUUCGAGACCGUCGGUGAACCAGCGUGCAGAUGCGCGGAAGGCUUCACGGGUCUGCGGUGCGAGACGAAGGACGUCAUCAGCACCGGAAGUGUGUACAACCGGCGUAGGGCGCCGUUUUCCUGCAAGCUGGGACUAUCGACCUCGUACUACUGCUAGCGAUAAUCGCGCGGGGCCCUUCCAUUCUGAGUAGACCCUUUUCUAAAAAAGAAAGAAAAGAAAAAAAAAAAAAAAAAAAAAACUACCAACUCGGUUUACUCGGUUUAGAUUAGAACCGGUCGAAAAGAACAGUCCACGAGAAGAAUGCCAGCGUGAGAGGGCCAACGCGCGACCAAAUAACGAAACGA